GUUUUUCCUUUUUCCUUUUUUUUUUAUCCCCCGCCCGAUAUACAUAUACAGGGACAGUAAAUUUACUAUCAUUCUUUCUCAAUCUUUCAGGCUUAUAAUCUACAAAGGCCCAAUUGGACUCUAAGACAAAAUGGCAAUUAGGCUUUUUUGUGGGCCUGGUCUCUGGCUUAUAUUCUUGACUAUAGACUAUGGAGGAGGUAACCAGUUAGCUCUGAAGCGUUUCAUGGUGGCGUGGUUCCUCUGUUUUCCCCAUUUGCUCUCUCGCAUGCAUCAGCACCCUGAUUCUCUCUCUAAUUCCCUUUCUUCUCCUCUUUUCUGCUUCCCUUUACACAAGAUUAGCCACACAGAGAGAUGGCAGGGGCGGCCUCUUUUAGGUGGAUACUACAGCUUCACAAGGACGUGCCAAAAGCAGCUCGUUUCUACUCUGAAGGACUGGAUUUCACCGUAAAUGUAUGCACUCUUCGUUGGGCUGAACUUCAAUCUGGAUCUCUUAAGCUAGCUCUCAUGCAAUCCCACAACAAUCAUCCUAUGCAGAAAGGGUAUUCUUCUUUGCUGUCAUUCACGGUAACUGACAUUAACACGACAGUGACAAAACUCAUGGCCUUAGGUGCUGAAUUAGAUGGCUCCAUCAAGUAUGAAAUCCAUGGAAAGGUUGCUGCAAUGCGGUGUAUAGAUGGCCACAUGUUGGGCCUCUAUGAACCUGCAUAAAAGCUUCGGAGACAAGUGAUUUCUAUAUCAAUUUCAGUAAUACUGGUUGAUCUUUCUGUGACGUGAACUCGUUUGAGGACAUGGAGAAAAUGUAGGCAACUUUUCCAUUCUUUGGAUUUCCUUCAAUAAUUGAUAGUGUUUUUUCGUCCA